AAAAAACAGCAAGAGAGAGAGAGGAAUUUUCUCUCUCUUCUGUUCUUUUGAGGGGUUUUUGGGUGAUUUUUUUAAAAAUUAAUUUAAAGGAAGAGGAAAAUGGUGAAAAGGGUAAUAACAUAUAUCAGAAAAUUAUAGUCUUUGGAAAAAGAAAAAAAAAAGUUGUCAGGGAAUUUUUACUUAAUUUCUGGGUUAGUAAACGGCGGCUGACGGCGGUGGAAUGUUGUCGGAAUCUGGACAUUAAAAGUGGCACACCUUUCUCUUCAAAUUUGGUCUCAACCAAGAAAAAAAAAAAUGGGUUGUUGUAGCAGCAAAAAUAGAUUAACAGGAUGCAGCAGUUAUAAAUCAGGCAAACAUUCGACACCAGUUCAAGACCAAAAAGUUGUUGUCGUGUCACAAACACAGGUUCCACAAGCAAAGCAGCGCCACCACAACAACCACCAACAACCACCAUCAGCCAACAAAACAAGCCAAGUGAAAGUGAAAGACACAGUGUUAGGGAAACCAUUGGAAGACAUUAGACAAUAUUACACACUUGGUGAUGAACUUGGUAGAGGUCAGUUUGGGGUUAUUUAUUUAUGUACUGAGAAUUCAACAGGUCAUACAUAUGCUUGUAAAUCAAUAUUGAAAAGGAAAUUGACAAGCUUACAAGACAAAGAAGACAUAAAAAAAGAAGUACAGAUUAUGCAACAUUUGUCUGGUCAACCAAACAUUGUUGAGUUCAAAGGUGCUUAUGAAGACAAAGAUUGUGUUCAUAUUGUAAUGGAACUUUGUGCUGGUGGUGAGCUUUUUGAUAGAAUUAUAGCUCAAGGUCAUUAUUCUGAAAGAGCUGCAGCUGCUAUUUGUAGACAAGUGGUGAAUGUGGUUCAAAAUUUCCAUUUUAUGGGAGUUAUGCAUCGCGAUCUUAAGCCCGAAAACUUCUUGCUUUCGACCAAAGACGAGGAUGCUAUGUUGAAAGCAACCGAUUUCGGUUUGUCUGUCUUUAUCGAACAAGGGAAGCAAUAUCGGGAUAUUGUAGGUAGUGCUUAUUACAUAGCACCCGAAGUUCUUCGGCGCAGUUACGGGAAGGAGAUCGAUAUAUGGAGUGCUGGUGUUAUCUUGUAUAUUCUACUCUGUGGUGUUCCUCCGUUUUGGGCUGAAACUGAGAAAGGUAUAUUUGAUGCUAUUCUUGAGGGUGAACUUAGUUUCGAAAACGACCCAUGGCCUUCGAUUUCCGAAAGUGCCAAAGAUUUAGUGAGGAAGAUGUUGACGAUGGACCCGAAUGAGCGGCUUACGGCUGCGCAAGUUCUCGAACAUCCUUGGCUGAGAGAAGGCGGAGAGGCAUCGGACAAGCCGAUAGAUUCCGCUGUUCUAUCGAGAUUGAAGCAAUUCAGAGCAAUGAAUCAGCUUAAAAAGCUUGCAUUGAAGGUCAUUGCAGAAAAUUUGUCCGCAGAAGAGAUUCAAGGUCUUAAAGCAAUGUUCAAAAACAUUGACACGGAUGAGAGUGGCUCAAUCACUUACGAAGAACUAAAAGAAGGUUUGGCUCGUCUCGGAUCGAAGCUCACCGAAGCUGAAGUCAAGCAAUUAAUGGAAGCUGCUGAUGUGGAUGGAAACGGAACGAUAGACUAUAUCGAGUUUAUCUCAGCUACAAUGCAUAGGUACAGACUCGAAAGAGACGAAGACCUGUACAAAGCGUUCCAGUAUUUUGAUAAAGAUAACAGUGGGUUCAUUACGAUGGACGAACUGGAGGCUGCUAUGAAGGAUUACAGAAUGGGUGAUGAAGCUAGCAUCAAGCAAAUAAUCUCCGAGGUGGAUACCGAUAACGACGGAAAGAUCAACUACGACGAGUUUUGCGCUAUGAUGAGAGGUGGAGCACCACAAACCGCAAAGCUUUUUUAGAUGCCUUCUGCGGUUCCGUUCCAGUUGCUGAAGGUUGAACUAACCUAAUUAACAGUUCCGGGAUUCUUUUCGCCGAGAAAACAAGGAUUUGGAUUCGAGAUUUGUUGGACAACGACAAGGCAUUAUUGUUUGUGUAUAUCUAUUUUAUCUAUCAUUUUCCAAGUUCUUUUUAUUGAUUAUCUUCUGUUGCCUUCUCCCAUUACUCUUCAAAGUGUUUCAAUAUUAUUGUUGUUUAAAUCUUGCCUUACUCUUUGCUUA